GCUCUAAUCUAGUACCAACCGGUAGGCAUUUUGCGUGUCAGCAUAUUUUUAAACAUCUCGCUACUGAGCCGAACGAAUGAGCUUCUACCGAUUCUUUUCAUUACAAGAUAUUAUUCAUGUAUCAAAAGUCUCAACUUGUUCAGCAGGACUCGACAAGAAAUUAAAUAAAGACUGAACCUUUGCCAUUUCGGACACAAUAUCUCGAAAACCCUUGCCUGACCAAGUCGAGUGGACUGGAGACGUGCUCCUGAACCAUGUGCUCCGUUGGAAUGUUAACGAAGACUAUGAUUAUUGCAGUUGUGCUCCAAGCACAAGGAAGAGAUUGCUUGGGUUGCAAAGGUGAUGAGAUCACCUGGCGUAGCGAUAAACCAGGAAAGAAAAACACGUGUAUACCGUGUAUCGACUGCCCGGACGGAACUGAACCGUCGAUUCCUUGCGGAGGGACCGCCAAAUAUGGAACACACUUACAUUGCGAGGCAUGCAGGCAAGGAACCUAUUCGGACAAUUAUGGAAAAGGACCCUGUAAGCCAUGCUCUCUAUGCUCUGUCGGACGUACAGUGACAAGGAAUUGUUCUGCGACGAAGAACACUCAAUGUGGCUCUUGUAAGUACGGCUAUUACCAGAAAGUUGUCACCAUUAACCUGCUUUCCCAUUGCCUCCCGUGUUCUGUCUGCUGUGGGGACGGUAAAGAUAAGUUAGAAAAGAAAUGCGCAGAUCAAGGGCUUCCAAGUCAACAACAUUGCAAACUCAGAGCCGCGCCUAGCUGUCAACUGUUGCGGACGACUUCGAAGAUCACAUCGAGCACGUCAUUUUUAGGAGCAAAUCAUACGGCGAAGAAAGGAACAAUCCGAAAGGGACAAUCAGAGGAAGCUACUUCAGCUGCUUCAUCAAGAACACUGGAGCCGUCCGCAAGAACCACUGUCAUAACCACAAACGCGACAUUUUCCUCUCAUGAAACGUUACCUACCUCUCAGCAUGGAACAAGUUCAGCUUCAGAAGGAUUUCACGGCAGUAAAUCAAAGGGACCUUUUUCGAGAGAAGCGUCGAUAAUAAUAAUGGCACUGUUAUUGUUGUUUCCUCUAUGAGUGGGAUUUCCAUUAUUUUCAUUGCAAUAGUUGUAAUUGUUCUUAAGCGAAACAAACUUGCACGCUUCUUUGUAAGGACGAGGUGUGGUCCUAUCCUGAGGUGUACAGACGCUGAACUCGGCAAACUAACAGAGAGUACUCCGUUGGAUGUUGUGCCAUUAGAGAUAGGAGAUAGGUGCAUUUGCACUAUUUUGAACACAGUCGAAUGACAGCAAAUUACUCAGUCGUUGAGACACUUUCUUAAAGGACCAACCAAUCAGGACAAAAACACAGGAGAAGACGGCGAUUAAAAAAAAUUAUUUCUAUUUUUAACUAGAGUUUCGCGAAUGGCUAGAUGUGUUAACUAUCUCUUUCGGCGCUACGCCUCAACUUAAGUAUAACGUAUGUGAACAGUGCUGAGUUCCAAAUGGAAACUUAAAUAAUUAUUUGUCGAGGCUCACGUUCUCAACUUUGACUCGUCCUUGGUGCAGUCGCUGUCGUAGUUUGCUUAAAGUCGCAGAUCCCAAGGGAGACCCUUAAUAUCAAUCUAUAGGUACAGCUGUUUCAUGUUUAAGACACAGAUAAUGACAAAGAUUUCUAAAAGCGAGGAGUGGUGGACGUGAACCUUAUGUAAGACUUGACAAAACAGGUUUCAUUUCAUUUAUUUAUGAAAUGCUAACAGCGUAAUAUUUUCGUGAUAGGUUUGGUUCUCAAAAUUAAUUAUUGAAAGAAAAAGUUACUUCAAAUAAGUAAAUAAACAAGUUCGAAUAAACACAAAGGGAACAAAAUAGAGGACAGUACAAAGUAGGAUUAGAACUCAGAUACUCAGACCGUGACGUUUCUCCGUGACCAGUUUCUCCUCCGUUUACCCACUUAAUGUUUUCAAAGUAGCGUUCUUUUCCAGUCUAACAACAUAAAUAUCAGUAAUUUUCCUUUUCUUUUUGUAGUUCUGGUUUCCUUAAAAGAUUUGAAGUCCCUUUCACUGAAUAUACUGAGGAACGAUGUCGUCGAACUUUUGAAAGGAUACAUUUACAGAUAAGUGAAAUAUUUAGACACAUAAGGUUCGUAUUGAAGAAAGGGGAAAUUUGUAAUACGAGCGAGAUCAAUUAGGAACGGGUCACGACCACAUACAUUUCUCACUUUUACAAUUCUAAGGCGGCUAAAGCUCAUGACACGAAACUAGAUUGAGCGUCACUGUUACCGUUGCGAGAUGAGUUGUGUUGCAUGUAGCUUUGUAGGUUUUCCAUCGGGACAGUUUACACAGGAACGGUUCUUUGUUGAUGUAAUGUUUUGCAAUGUUUUGUAAAUAAAACUGACUUCCUU